CCCCCAGCAGUCAAGCAACAUACUGUCUGAGUUUCCACGUUUUAAAGACGUCAAAAGCUUGGUUGAACAGGAUUUUGUUCUAAUGUUCGGAGAGGAUACCUCAAGCAAGCUUCUGGAAAGGUGGCCGGUCACGUUCAAGAAAAAGAUCAUCAAACAAUGCAGAAAGCUUCCAUCCACAAGUGAGCUUGAAGAACUCUUGCUGGCAGCUGAUCCUCCUGAGGAUGGCACUGAAUUGGAUGUUGACUUUGGUUGGGACAGUGAUCUGUCAUCGGUUUUACUGCUUAUACACCUGAUUCCACCCUCCGCUCAGGGUCGGAAGAGACCAGGAAAGGUUUCCGCAUCCCAAGCAGAGAAACAUCUUGUGGUAUUCAAGAAGACCGGAACAAACAUUCAAGAGCAUCUCGAUGCCAUCACUACUAGCGCUCAGCCCUAUCUCCUAGCUGUUGGAGUUAAGAAGAAUGCAAUCCACCAGUUCUUCAUCAUUAUCGACAAGAAUGCCAUACCUUGCAGGUCAACCUCUUCUCUUGUUGCUUUUGACGAACUAUUUAAGGCACAUUUUGUGUUUGGCACAUCCUACAACACCAUGCUCCACAACAUGUACACUUUCAUCCAAACUACAGUGUACAGCAUCGAUGCUGGCAAGGUCAAAGAGAGCCCUCGUGUUGCUGAAAUCAGGGCGAGGUUACUUCAUUAGUGCUUGAAGUUUCUCCUCGAACAUGAAGUGUUUUGUUUGUCAGGCUGAGUUAUCGAGUUCAAAUAUGCUUGUUAGGCAUUUACGAUUAGUUCACGGUUACUUGCCUGGAAAAAAUCUCCGGCUUAAAUGUGCUCAGACUGGAUGUGGCUGUGCGUUUGGUACGUUUUCUGGUUUUAGGAAACAUUUAAACACAAAACACACUGAGUAUAUUGACCAACAGGUUGACCCUGAUGUUUAUUUAAGCAGCAUUGGAGAGGCAGUGACCACUAAUGUAGAGGAGACAGCUACAACGUCACGGACAGUUAAUGAACACGAGGUAGCCACAUCUACUCUGUUGAAAAAGUCCAACAGGAGCACUCUAGAUAUGUGUGCCUCUGCUGUUGCACAACUAAAAGCAGCUGGAUUAAGUCAAUCUACUGUAAAUAGUUUUGUUUCCUCCAUGGAAGAAGUGUUUUUUGAGAUUCAAAGUCAAGCUACAGAUGCAGCUUUGCAGUGCUUAUCUCCACAGGAAACUGAAAAUAAGAACAGAAUAGAACAAUCUUUGCAAAAGUUGGAAAACCCUUUCACACCCUUAAAUUCAGAAGCUAAACGAAAUAAACACUUCAAAGAGAAAUGGGGAAUCGUAGAACCUGUUGAAAAGGUGCUUGGCACAAGAUUUGACAGCAGAAGAAACAAAACAACUGGGACAUACGAUCAGGUCGUUGUAACUGACAAGUUUGCAUAUAUUCCUAUUUUAGAAACACUAAAGGCCAUUUUUCAAAACCCAGAACUUGCAGACAUGUUCAAGCCCAGGCACAUGCCCAAGGAAGGUGUGUAUGCAGACUUGAGAGAUGCCGCCUAUUUUAAAAAAAGUCCCUUAUUCUCUAUAGAAAAAGAUGCCAUACAGAUCCAGCUAUUUUAUGACGACUUUGAAACAGCAAACCCCUUGGGGUCUAAAAAGGGUAUACACAAAUUAGGUGCUAUAUACUUUACAUUAAGGAAUUUUCCCCCAAUCUUUAAUUCAUCAUUGAUAAAUAUUCAUUUGGGUGCUCUUUUCCAUGCGCAGGACAUCAAGCGUUAUGGUUUUAAUUUGAUACUUGAGCCACUUGUCAGUGAUCUUAAAGUACUCGAGACAGAGGGACUUAAAGUUCCCAGAUUGAAAGAUGUGAUUCACGGUACCAUAGUUCAGGUCACUGGUGAUAAUCUUGGGUUGCAUGGUUUAUUUGGCUUUGUGGAGUCAUUUGGGGCAAGGUAUUGUUGUCGUUUCUGUCUCCUUGAGAAAGAUUGUUUUCAAACUGUGUUCUGUGAAGAUUAUCCAAAAGUUGUACUACGAACUAUCGAGAUGCACAAACUGCACUGUCAAACUUUACAAACAGAUCCUACACUACCUCAUAUCUAUGGUGUCAAACGCAUUUGUCUGCUGAAUUCACUACAGUAUUUUAAUACAGCCAACAAUUUUUCUGUAGAUAUAAUGCACGAUAUUUUAGAAGGAGUUGCUCAGUUUGAAGUCAAACUUGUCCUGCAGUACAUUAAGGAAAACUUCCUAAAUGCUGAACAACUGGCUGGUAGAAUACAUGCUUUUGACUAUGGAUACAAUCAGCAGCGAAACCGUCCACCUAGAGUAAAGUUGUUUGAUGGAAGUAAUGAUUUGGGGUUGAAUGCUAUACAGUCUUGGUGCUUAUUACGUAAUAUGCCUUUGCUAUUUGGUGAUUUAAUACAGUCAGAUGACCAGCACUGGCAUCUUCUACUUUUGCUUCUACACAUUGUUAACAUUGUAUUUUCCCCAGUCCUUACAGAAGGCAUGACCAUUUACCUCAAACAUUUAAUCAUUGAUCAUCAUCAGCUCUUCAAGCAGUUGUUUCCUGCAAUCAAUCUCUUACCAAAGCAUCACUUCAUGAUUCAUUACCCUCGUAAUAUAAAAACAUCGGCCCAGUUCUGCACAUGUGGUGCAUGCGUUAUGAAGCUAAACAUAAUUUUUUUAAGAAGCAAUUAAAAAGCUUUAAAAAUGUAACAAAAACAUUAGCCAAAAAGCACCAAAGUUGUAUGGCAAUGUAUCGAGAGUCCUUUAGCAAGGAAAGAUUAACUUUAGGUUCGGGGAAGAUGGUAACACUUAGUGAGCUCAAAGAAGGUCCCGAGAUUGCUUUAAAAUGUGGGUCUGUAUUGUCUACCAGUGUGUUUUCUGCCAAGUGGAUCAAACAUCAUGGUACAGAGUACCGCCGUGACUUCAUUAUCUGUACUGAGGUAGCAUUUGAGAUGCCUGUAUUUUGUAAAAUCAAAAUUAUUGCUGUGAAAGAUGACUGUGUAUUGCUCUGUGGAAAACUGAUGGAAACAGUGUGUUUUGAUUACCAUUACUAUGCCUUUAAGGUCAGGAUGCAUCCAGACAGGGUUCAAAAGGUGAUCAACAUUACUGAACUGUGUUACUUUAAACCUUUUGAUGUUCAAAUGAAGUAUGGAACGACAGAUUCCUCCUUGUAUGUUGUUCCCUAUUGCCAUUUUAUGGAAACCUAAGGUCAAUGUUUUA